AUUGCUACUUCAGUUUAGAAGGACCUUUUGGGUUAGUCUUGUCAGAAUCAACGUAAGCCUACGAUAUCAGGCCUAUAGCCACCCAGCUUUCUAGUCCCGAUGUGUUUUGUUGUUCUCUCCAUACCCUAACCACUUCCCACAUGCAAAACAACCCUGCCACCUUUUCCACGCCACGCUCUUACAAAGUACUUGCCAAACAGACUGCUUCAGAGACAAAAAAGACAUCCCAGUUGCCUCUGGAACUGGCUAAAAGAAGAUGGACGACUAGGGGAUCGAACCCUAGACCUUCAGCAUGCAAAGCAGACGCGCUACCACUGCUAUUAUGGGACGCCCAUUCGGUGAAAUUUGGAAAAUGUGGCAGCUGCUCAGUUUUGGCAAAGACACACAGAUAACCCCAUCCAAGCGCUUUGGAGCUGGACCUGGUCAGAGAUAGCAUGAAACGAGUUUCAUACAUUAUCGAUCAAUGAUUA